AUGGGCACCGGGAAGCGUCCGCUUCAGGCGUACGUUGAAGAAUACGUCGAGGAGGAUGAGGAAGAUUCAGAUUCCGACGUCCCUCUGAGAGAAACGCAAGCGAAACGUCUCAAACGGUUCCAUGAACCAAAAUCACCUCGCACCAUUUCUUCCUCACCACCACUUCAGCCCUCGCAACCAGCACCGACAGCUCAAAUCCAGCCCGCAACUCAACCCAGUGUUACUGCGAUACGAAACGAGCGAACUCAAUGCCACGCUCGACGACCUAGACCCCGAGCCCCCAUCCCCUCAAUUCGCACUCAACUCCCUGCGACAGCGGUCAUCAACAAUGCAAGGCAAGCAUCUCGGAGCUUUGUCGCAGUCUCAGAACUUUUCGGACCUGCAGCUACUCCUACUACAAACACACUGCCCAUCGACGGUAUCGACUUGAAUCCUCCUCAGCCGCGCUGGCCACCACUACCCGACAACAACAUACCCCAUGCCUUUUUAUUUUACGCUGAAGAGAUUCGCAUCGUUGUGAACAUGCUUUGUGGCACAUGCAUUGAUCGCGAACUAUUCUUUGAACUCAUCCGACAUCAAGACACCACUCCAUCCGCAAGGCCCGUCUGGACUAUCCCAGAGAUAUCAGAGCAAAAAGAGAUCGGGUUUCUCUGUGCAAAGGCCUCUGCCGCUUUGCUUCGUGAAAGGACACUGGCUACUUAUGAGUGUGAGAGCAAAGAACGCAUCUGCGAAUUGGUAAAAACAUACCACGUGCCAUGUAAUGGAGAGGCAAAGCAACUCAUAAUCUUCUCAGUGGCAUGGGUGCCUCAAGAACAAGAGCCUUCAGAGCAACUUGGAGCGACUUGCUCUUUUGCUUGUCACUUAAGGCGAAGCGUUCUGGUCCUGGGAGGGUUUACCGAACUAGGCUAUGGAUUUUGUGUUUCUGAGAGUCUUGGUACGUUCGAGAUCAGAAGCCGCAGUUACCCCCUUGGCCAGUUCGACAGCAUAUUGCUAGGACUGGCAUUUGAGGUUUCUAACUGA